UUGAGAACUGGUGGAGAGGGAGAAGAGAAGAGUGAGUAGCUACUACAUCUACAACUAGCCGGUAAAAGAGAGAGAAUCUAUAAGUGUGAAGAAACUCACAUGCAACCCCUUUUACCGUUUGCAUUUGCACAAGGAGUUUUGGUUGGAAACAAAGGGAGAGAGAAAAGAGGGAGCGUGUUUCGUUCCAAACAGCACUGAAGAAAUGACUAAAGAAGAGGACUUUAAGCUCCUUAAAAUCCAGACUUGUGUUCUCAAAGUGAACAUUCACUGUGAUGGCUGUAAGCAGAAAGUGAAGAAACUCCUUCAGAGAAUUGAAGGUGUUUAUCAAGUUCAAAUAGAUGCAGAACAGCAGAAAGUUACAGUUUUAGGAAGUGUGGAUUCUGCAACUCUGAUCAAGAAACUCGUUAGAGCUGGUAAAUAUGCUGAACUCUGGUCUCAGAAAACAAACCAGAACCAAAAGCAGAAGAACAACAAUGCCAAGGAUGAGAAAAAUAAAGGGCAAAAGCAAGGACUCCCCAAGGGGAUUGAGGCCUUCAAAAACCAGCAUCAAAAGUUUCCUGCUUUUAGUUCUGAGGAGGAUGAAUACUACUUCGAAACCGAUGAGGAGGACGAAGAUGAAGACGAAGAGAUGCGGAUGCUCAGGGAGAAAGCCAUUCAGAUGAAAAUGCUCAAGCAUCAACCUCCCAAUGCAAACAAUGUGAGAAAAGGCAUGGGAAGCAUUUCAGCAGGUGCCAAUAAUGGUAAGAUGAACAAUGCUUGCAAUGCCAAUAGUGGUAAGAAAGGAGGUCCAAAUCAUAAUAUGGCUAUGAAGGACAAUCCUAAUGGGCUUGAUCAGAAAACCAUGGCAGCUCUUAAAUUAAACAAUGCCCACCUGAAUGGUGAAGGCCUUAACCUCAACCUUGGUGAAGCCAAAAGGGCCAAUGACAUUGGUGCUAUGAUGAAUCUAGCUGGUUUUCAUGGUAAUGGUGCAAAUGUUGGUAGUGCUACUGUUCUAGGUGGCAAUAAUUCCAAUGGUUUUGGAGGUUUUCCUGUUCAGUCCAAUAACAUGAUUCCAGGGUCUUCUGCAGCUUUUCCAAGUGGUGGUCUUGCUUCUGGCCAAUAUCCAUCUUCUCUGCUAAUGAACAUGAAUGGCUUCAAUAACCAUACAUCUCCAUCUCCUUUAAUGAUGAACAUGAACAUGCAGGCAAGGCAAGCCAUGCAGCAACAACCCCAGAUGAUGUAUCACAGGUCUCCUUUUGUUCCCCCCAACACUGGCUAUUACUACAACCACAGUGGCUACAGCCCUGCACAUUACUCCUACUCCUAUGGCUUGCCUAGUUACCCUGGUGGUGAUGAUCACACUGCAGCUCACAUGUUCAGUGAUGACAACACCAGCAGCAGCUGUUCAAUAAUGUAAUGAUAGGUUGUAGAGCCAAAAAAGUGAAAACAAAAGAAAAGAAAGCAAAAAAGGAUGGUGUUUGACCUUAAAGUCCCAUUUACUAAGCUAGUAUAGUGUUUGACUGUAAUUUGGUGGGGGCAUAUGAAUGUGUUAGGGAUGGAUGGAAGUGUGAGUUAGUGAAUCAUCAGUGUACUCUGUAGUGGUUGAGAUGAUGUUUGCCUUUAUUUUUAAAAAAAUUGUCCUUGGUUGUUCUGUCUCAUGAGUCAUGACUGGCUUUGUAUGAGAAAGUAGAUGAACAUGUGUUAUGCUAAAGUCCUAACUUUUUUCAGGCUAAAUAAAGUGGUAUAUGCAUCUAUUUAAGUAA